AUGAUAAAUAGUGGUGAUAACAUUACAGUUAAAGACUAUAAUUUAACAACCAAAAUAAUCAAUUAUUUAGAGGAUGUAGAGAACCAAUAUACUGAAAUCAUUACACUUUGUAAUUUAGAAAAACUUAGAUCCGCUUAUAACAAUUUAUUAAAAUUAGAACAACUAUUUGAAAUAAUUCAAAACAAUCUCAUUUGUACAUAUAAUAAUAAUAAUAAUGAUGAUGAUAAUAAUAAUAAAAAUAAUAAUAAUAAUGAUAAUGAUAAUGAACUUUAUUUAAAAUUAGAAACAUUAAUAAAAAAAAUAAAAUCAGAAGAAAGAUUAAUAAAAUUAAAACAAGAAGCUAUCGAAAUUGAAGAUUUACUUAAAGUUUUAUCACCAGAUUAUAAAUCUCAGGGAUGGCAAUCAAUUCAAACAGUUGAUGGUAUUCAUUCAAUGUAUAAAGAACAUGGUUCAGGUAUUCAUAGUGUUAGAAUUGAAGGUAUUAUUGAUCAACCAAUAUUCAAUGUUUGUUCAAUCAUUAUGGAGGCAGAUUUAUAUUAUACUUGGAUACCAAGAUUAUUAGAAUCUAAAAUUUUAAAUCAAGAUGAUCGUUUUAAAAGAUUAAUUUAUUGUAAAGCAAGUUGUCCUUGGCCAGUUAAUGAUAGAGAUAUUUGUUUAUAUGGAUAUGGUGUUGAUAUGUUAGAGGAAGAAAAUCAAGUCGUUGUUGUUUCAAGAUCAAUUAGAGAUCAAGAUUUAAUUGGAAAUACAAGUUUAAAAUAUGCAGAAACAAUUAUACCACAAGUUAAAGGUAAUACAGUAAGAGCAAAAUCUGAAAUAUCAGGUUUUACAAUUAAACCAAUAUCAGCAACACAAACUUAUGUUCAAGUUGUUUCUCUCACUGAUCCAAAUAUGCAAUUACUUCCAAAAUGGCUUUUAAAUUUUGUUACCACUCAAUUUUGUCAUUAUUUAUUUGUUAUGCUUAGAAAACAGGCUUCUGAUGUUGCCUCUUCAAAUGAGUAUCAAUCACGUAUUCAAUCAAAUCCAAUCUAUAAAGAAAUUAAAGAAAAGUCCGAUUCUUAUUUUAAUAGAAUUGAUUCAAUAAAUAAUAAUAAUAAUAAUAAUAAUAAUAAUAAUAAUAAUAAUAAUAAUAAUAAUAAUAAUAAUAAUAAUAAUAAUAAUAAUAAUAAUAAUAAUAAUAAUGAAUAA